AUGAAAAUGCAGGGUUUUGUACUAAGUGGAAAUGAUUGCAAUUGGGAUUACUGUAAAUCGGAAUGUGAAAGUAACGAUUGUAACCAAAAUUGCACGGCUAACGCGUGUAAACUGAACUGCAGCGGGAGCAAUUGUAAAACACAAAAGUGCGAAGGUAACGGAAAUGCAUGUGAAAUGAAUCUAGAAUGUAACAGUAAGGACUGUGACCAAACCUGCGAGGCUAAAGAAUGUAAACUGAACUGUAGUGGGAGCAAUUGUAAAACACAGAAUUGUCUAGGUGAAGGAAAUGUAUGUGAAAUGGAUCUAGAGUGUAACAACCAGUAUUGUGAACAAAUCUGCAAGGCUAAAGAAUGUUAUCUGAACUGCAGCGGGAAAAACUGUAAAAUACAAAAGUGCCAAGGUGGAGGAAAUGUAUGUGAAAUGCAUCUAGAAUGUAACAACCAGGAUUGUGAACAAAUCUGCGAUGCCGAAGUAUGUAACCUGACCUGCUGCGGGAGAAAAUGUAAAUCACAAAGUUGCACAGACAAAGUAGAGGUGUGCAAUACGCAUUUUAACGCUAACGAUUGUAGACAGAUGUGUGACGGUCACUCCAUCACUUCAGAUUCACACACGUCGAAUAUCGUUACAUCUAUUGGGACUUCAACAAUUCGAGUAUUCGCAACUAAAAUUUCAACAGGACAUGGAACAGAAGCUUACAGUGAGUACAAUAACGCUUUGAAUACUUAA